AUGGGUGAUGUACAGCAACAGAACAAUCCGACCAGUCCUAGCUUAGGAGCUGUCAGUGUCACGGCUGCUGCUUUACAUUCGGCUGCACGUGUAGCCAAUAAAGUAGAUUCUACUUCGGUGUCUCCCACUGUUGUGAAGGGAAUCCUUGGCUUUGCCUCACUUACUAGUCUUGUCGCCGGUCUUCGAAGUGCUUGGAAGUAUUCUCGACAACCCUGGGCCGUAGACUUGCAGAGGUCGCAGGUGUUAUCUGGAGUUGGACUUGCUAGUAAAGCGCUUGGAGUUGCUACUGUCAUUACAGUUUCCGGCUUUUCAUUGUUUAUUGUUGGAGUGUCCUGGAUCCUACAAGUGAAUACUCCGCGCCAAUUUGGCACCGCAAUGCGAGAAGCGUUUGGUGAUUCACUACGUCUACCACAGAGCCGAAACUCUCAAACAUUUGAGGAACUGAUACUUAGCAUCGAGUCGAAGAAACAUUCAUCGUAA